AUGCAAGCUUCCGCCUCCACCCAGCGGAAAGCUUCUCGGCAAUCCGAGCGCAAGUCGUCUCUGCGCUCGGCGGGCUCAAAUCGCGCUCCUUCCUCGUAUCAUUCAACUGUGUCUGAGCCCCUGGCAGAGACUACAUCUGCACAGCCCGGUCGCCGGAUGUCCACAACGAGCUCCGCACAAUCGUCACAGCCAAAAUGGUGGCGUAUACGUUUCUUCCGGGGCAUGAUUAAAGACGUAAAGCGCAGAGCUCCUUAUUAUUGGAGCGAUUGGACUGAUGCAUGGGACUAUCGUAUUGUUCCUGCGACAGUGUACAUGUAUUUUGCUAAUAUCUUGCCGGCUCUGGCUUUCUCGUUGGACAUGUUUGAGAAGACCAAUCAAAGCUAUGGUGUCAAUGAGGUUUUGCUUGCAUCUGUUCUUGGGGCUAUCGUCUUUGCCAUAUUAGCGGCUCAGCCAUUGGUCAUUGUUGGUGUUACUGGACCUAUAACUGUAUUCAAUUAUACGGUUUACGACAUUAUUAGUCCUAGGGGAACCCCUUAUCUGGCAUUCAUGUGCUGGAUUGGAAUUUGGUCGCUUAUUAUGCAUUGGAUCCUUGCUAUCACAAAUGCAUGCAAUGGACUCACCUACGUUACCCGAUUCUCAUGUGAUAUCUUCGGCUUCUAUGUCGCUUGUAUCUAUCUUCAAAAGGGAAUCCAGGUUCUCACUCGACAAUGGGGACAAGUUGGAGAAACUUCAGCUUAUCUUGCCAUCAUGGUAGCCCUUCUUGUUUUGAUGGCCGCCUGGAUCCUCGGAGAGCUGGGUAAUAGUAACCUCUUCCAGCGAUAUGUCCGAAAGUUCCUUGAAGACUAUGGCACGCCACUGGUUAUUGUUUUCUUCACCGGCUUCGUUCAUAUUGGACAUAUGCGUGAUGUUGAUGUGGCUACCCUUCCAACAAGCAAAUCAUUUUUCCCUACGCUCGAUCGCCCAUGGUUGGUACACUUCUGGGAUAUCGACGUGGGCGAUAUUUUCCUAGCCAUCCCAUUUGCUAUCCUCCUGACUAUUCUCUUCUAUUUUGAUCAUAAUGUUUCAUCUCUCAUUGCCCAGGGUACCGAGUUUCCCUUGCGUAAACCAGCUGGAUUCCACUGGGAUCUUUGGCUUCUUGGCCUUACGACCUUUGUUGCGGGUCUUCUCGGAAUCCCAUUCCCCAACGGACUCAUCCCACAAGCACCCUUCCAUACCGCUGCACUCUGCGUUACUCGCCAGGUAGCGGAUGAGGAGGAUACCAACAAGGGUAAAGCCAUCCGAGUCACAGAUCAUGUUGUAGAGCAACGUGUCAGCAACCUAGCCCAGGGCCUUCUAACACUAGGAACAAUGAGUGGACCACUCCUCAUUGUCCUCCAUCUGAUCCCACAAGGUGUCAUGGCAGGUCUUUUCUUCAUCAUGGGUGUCCAGGCUCUGCAAGGCAACGGCAUCACACAAAAACUAAUUUUCCUAGCCCAAGACAAAGCAUUAACGCCCUCAUCCAAUCCUCUCAAGCGAAUUAGACGCCGGGCUGCUAUCUGGGUUUUUGUGGUUAUUGAGCUUCUUGGAUUCGGCGCUACAUUUGCAAUCACUCAAACUAUUGCUGCUAUUGGAUUCCCGGUUAUCAUUCUUCUGUUGAUCCCUGUUCGGUCAUUCCUAUUCCCACUUUGGUUUAGCCGCGAAGAGUUGGAUGCCUUGGAUGGGCCUACUGCUAGUCCUUUUACAAUGGAGAGUGUUGGUGGCACACAUGGACUGGAGGAAGAAGUAGCUGAAGCAAAUGCGAGUGGAAUGCACACCAGCGGUGGUAAUCAAGUUCUAGAAAGGCGGAUCUCUUCGUCUUCUGAAUCUGCUGUUGAAGAUGAUCUAGAGCGGGGAGAGGCAUACGAACUGCGUUCGUCUAUGCGACGAAGGAGUACAACAAGUCGAGUCAGUUGA